CGCAAACUUAGUGGUCAGCUUUUUCAUUAAUUUUUCUGUGUCAUGAGUCCGAUACUGAUACGACACAAUAUAAAGUAGAAUAUAUAGUUUUUGUUGUGUUUUUAAGAAAAGAAGAUGAAGACUGGUAACAACAGAGGAAAGAGAUGGAAGUAGUCUCUGAUGGCUCAUAGACCUAUUUCGAGUCUUUCUCUCUCGCUUCCUACAUCUCCAUGGCUGAACAUGAUGAUGACGUUUUGCUUCCUCGUUUCUUCAAGGUGUUCCUAUCUGAAUCAGCUUCUGAAUCAUUUGCGAUUCCUUUGUCUUUCAUGGAACAUCUUGCUGAUCCAUUGCCAAAUACAGCCAAGCUCCAAGGCACUGGAGGAAGAGAUUGGACAGUGAACAUGACGAAAAUACGUGACGGUGUGUAUUUUACAGCUGGAUGGUCAAAGUUUGCACAGGACCAUGAACUUGUGGACGGAGAGUUCUUAACAUUUGUGUACGAUGGUCACCGAACCUUUGAAGUUAGUGUGUUUGGGCGCUUGGGUUGUAAAGAGACCAGAGCUGAAGUAGAAGCAAUUGCGGUUGAUGGUUCUAGUUCUGAUUCUGAUGGUUCUAGUUCUGAUUCUGAAGAAGAAAGAGAACUUUCAAUGGAUUUUUAUGGUGACACUAGCUUAGGUGAAGAUGAAGAAAUCAGCCAGAGUCUUUAUCCACUUGAGGACGAAGAGACUGAAUCUGAUUCAGCAGUUGUUGAAGGGAACUUAGACAUUGAAGCUCUAACCAAUCCACACUUUUCAACUACCCUCAAGAACAGGAUUUAUGAACUGUUGAUUCCAGCAAAUGUUGUGAAAGAAAAUAAGCUAACGUUUGGUGAUUCCGUCAAGUACAUUGAUGGAGAAGGGACCUUAGUAGGGCUUAGAGGCAAAUGGGCAGAUGAUAGGAUCUGUUUCAAAGGAUGGGACAGGAUUUGCAGAAGGAACAGACUUAAGAAACAUCAAGAUACUGUUGAAUGCGAGCUUCUUCAUGACCGAAACAAAGUUCAUUCCAUCAGAGUGCAUAUCAUGCGUGGAACUACUUGAUCCUCUCUUCACCAUCACCAUCAUCAUCAUCAUCAUCAUCAUCACCAGUUCACCAUCACCCCCAUUAUCAUCAGUACUAGCUUUGACAUGACUUGCUAUGACUUUUGUUUGUUUAGGAGUGUUCUUAUGAUUUUUCUUAUCUUAGUGGUACCUUCUUCAUCCCCAAGAAAACUUAUAAAUUUAUUGCUGUUUCUUGUUAUGUUUUGAAUGCUUGUUAUUAAUCCAUCUAUGGCG